UUCAGAAGAGUGGCUUGAGUCCUUGAGAGAGGAACUCUUGGGUUGCAGAAGAUGCAAACGCAUCUCGAGGGUACAGAGAAGUCACAGCUUUUUCCCAGAGCACAGAGUGCCUCACUCCUGGUCUCCAGGCUGAGCUCCAUUCCAGGUGCGGUGGGUUGGCAGCUGCAGUGCCUCAUGUUUUACUCCGUGUAGAGGCUGAUGGCAAGUUCCAAACUUCAGGUGAUGCAAAUAUUUCAGACUGCUGUGGAGCCAAAGGUCUUGUGCCUGAAGCACAGUGAGACCACUCAACUGAAAUGUCAGAGUUUGGAGCAGAGAAAGAUUUACUGUGGGACCAACCAAAGAGGACGGGUAGCUGGGUGACUCCUGCUCCGAAAACUCCAACUCCUGGCUGGACUUCAGGGAAGAGUUUUUAACAGGCAGAAUUUGGGGUGAAGGGUGUGUGACUUUAUUGUGAUUGGUUGGUGUUCCAGAAUCUUGUACACAGCCUGAAGUUACCACCUUCCACGUGGCCGGGGGUCCUUAACUCCUGCAGAAGAGCUCAGAGCCAUGAAUGUGUGUCCCUUGACCUAGAACUUUGUAGAUAGACCAGUGUUUGACCCCUUUCCCUUUGUGUCUGCAUUCUCUCACUACCCAGGUUAGUAACCUUUGGAAUUCAGGGCAGGCCUAGGAGACUAAAGCCUUUUUCUUCAAACAAGAAACAGGAGCUGCUGAAAGGCCUCUGUGCCCAGGAAGCCCUCCACUGCCCCUCCCCCCCACCCUCCCAACUCCUGCUGGGUUUGAGCUGCAGAGAGAUGUCCACACCUGUAAUGAUCCUAACACCUAGUGAACGGUAUGCUUUAGAUAGGUGAAUUGUUGGGCAUGUGAGUUAUAUCUCACAUGUUAAAAACAGUCAUGUGACUAAUUACCAAGAGAUUCUAGACCCAAAUGUUGUUCGGAGCUCCUGUGGCCGACGCAUUGGCAGUUUACGGGCAAGCUUCCAUCUUCAGCUGUAAAAUACAGAACUGGGGCGGCGGAGGCUUCAGGGGUGAGGACUGGCCCUCCUGGGUCCCCGUGCGCCCCUCCUCCGGCCUGAGUCACGGCGCCGAGUCCCCACGCGGAGAGGAUGCUGCGCUGAGCGCGGCCGACGCCGGACGCCAGGCCGCAGGCGCGCUCCCUGGGCCAGGCCGCCCGCGCCCUCCUCGCAGCGGCGCAGCCGAGCCCGCCCUCCAUGGCGUUCAUCCGGAAGAAGCAGCGGGAGCGGCAGCUGCAGCUGUACUCCAGGGAGAGGUUUUCCUUGCUCCUGCUUAACUUGGAGGAAUACUACUUUGAACAGCACUCAGCUAAUCAUAUUCAACACAAGGGCAGUCAGAGUGAAAGGAAAAUCAGAGGCUCCUUAAAAAUAUGUUCAAAGUCAGUGAUUUUUGAACCGGAUGCAAUAUCCCAGCCCAUAAUUAAGAUUCCUUUGAGAGAUUGUAUAAAAAUAGGAAAACAUGGAGAAAAUGGAGCCAAUAGACACUUUGCAAAGACACUAUCAGGGGAGAUUUCACUCAUUUUCAGUCAGGUAUAUUUCAUUAAAGAACACAACAUUGUUGCACCAUAUAAAAUAGAAAGGGGCACAAUGGAAUAUGUCUUUGAAUUGGAUGUUUCAGGGAAAGUGGAAGAUGUUGUGGAGACAUUGCUGCAGCUUCACAGAGCAUCCUGCCUGGACAAACUAGGGGACCAAGCUGCUAUGAUAACAGCUAUUUUGCAGUCACGCUUGGCUAGGACAUCCUUUGACAAGAACAGAUUCCAAAGUGUUUCUGAAAAGCUGCACAUGGAAUGCAAAGCAGAAAUGGUGACCCCUCUGGUGACAAACCCUGGACACGUGUGCAUCACUGACACCACCCUGUAUUUUCAGCCUCUCAACGGGUACCCGAAACCCGUGGUCCAGAUAACGCUGCAGGACGUGCGCCGAGUUUACAGGAGGAGGCAUGGCCUCAUGCCAUUGGGCUUGGAAGUGUUUUGCACAGAAGAUGACCUGUGUUCCGACAUCUACCUGAAGUUCUAUGAACCUCAGGACCGAGACGACCUCUAUUUCUUUAUUGCCACGUAUCUAGAGCACCACGUGGCAGAGCGCACGGCCGAGAGCUACAUGCUGCAGUGGCAGCGCGGGCACCUGUCCAACUACCAGUACCUGCUGCACCUCAACACCCUGGCUGACCGCAGCUGCAAUGACCUCUCCCAGUACCCGGUGUUCCCCUGGGUCAUCAGCGAUUACUGCAGCGCCGAGCUGGAUUUGUCAAAUCCAGGAACCUUCCGGGACCUCAGUAAGCCAGUGGGGGCCCUCAACAAGGAGCGUCUGGAGAGGCUGCUGACGCGCUACCAGGAAAUGCCGGAGCCCAAGUUCAUGUACGGCAGCCACUACUCCUCCCCGGGUUACGUGCUCUUUUAUCUUGUCAGGAUUGCACCAGAAUACAUGCUGUGUCUGCAGAACGGAAGAUUCGAUCACGCGGAUAGAAUGUUCAACAGUAUUGCAGAAACUUGGAGAAACUGUUUGGAUGGUGCAACUGAUUUUAAAGAGCUGAUUCCAGAAUUCUACGGUGAAGACGUCAGCUUUUUGGUGAAUAGCCUGAGGUUGGAUUUGGGGAAGAAGCAAGGAGGGCAGCUGGUUGAAGAUGUUGAGCUCCCGCCGUGGGCCCAGAGUCCCGAGGACUUCCUCCAGAAGAGCAGAGACGCGCUGGAAAGCGACCACGUGUCCGAGCACCUUCACGAGUGGAUCGAUCUCGUGUUUGGCUACAAGCAAAAGGGGAGGGAUGCUGUUGAAGCCCAUAACGUGUUCCAUCCCCUGACCUAUGAAGGAGGUGUGGACUUGAACAGCAUCGAGGAUCCUGAUGAGAAGGUGGCCCUGCUGACCCAGAUUUUGGAGUUUGGGCAGACACCAAAGCAGCUUUUUGUGACCCCCCAUCCUCGAAGGAUCACCCCAAAGUUUAAAAGCUUGCCCCAGACCUCCAGUUAUAAUGCCUCCACGGCAGAUUCUCCAGUCUCUCCAGGGGAAGAGUCUUUUGAGGACCUGACCGAGGAGAGCAGAACACUGGCCUGGAGUAACAUCACCAAACUGCAGCUCCACGAGCAACACAAGAUCCACAAAGAGGCGGUUACUGGGAUCGCCGUCUCUGGCAAUGGGUCAUCCGUCUUUACAACCUCACACGAUUCCACCUUGAAGAUGUUUUCCAAAGAAUCCAAGAUGCUCCAAAGAAGUAUAUCAUUUUCAAAUAUGGCUUUAUCAUCGUGUUUCCUUUUACCCGGAGAUGCCACCGUCGCAAGCUCCUCGUGGGAUAAUAACAUCUAUUUUUAUUCCAUAGCAUUUGGAAGACGCCAGGACACACUGAUGGGACAUGACGAUGCUGUGAGUAAGAUCUGUUGGCAUGACAACCGGCUGUAUUCUGCAUCCUGGGACUCCACCGUGAAGGUGUGGUCUGCGCUUCCCGCGGGGACGACAGGCGCACAGAGGCUCCAGUUUGAGCUGCUGGCGGAGCUGGAGCACGACGUGGGCGUCGACACAAUGAGUUUAAAUGCUGCGAGCGCACUGUUGGUCUCGGGCACCAGAGAAGGCGCCGUCAAUAUCUGGGACCUUGCCACCGCCACCGUCUUGCACCAGAUUCCGUGUCAUUCAGGGACCGUGUGUCAUACUGCUUUCAGCCCAGAUAGCCGCCACGUCCUCAGCACGGGAGAGGACGGCUCUCUGAACGUCAUAGACGUGCAGACAGGAAUGCUCAUCUCUUCCCUGACCUCGGCUGAGCCCCAGAGGUGCUUUCUCUGGGAUGGGAAUUCGGUUUUAUCCGGAAGCCAGUCUGGCGAGCUGCUUGUUUGGGACCUCCUCGGGGCAAAGAUCAGUGAGAGGAUCCGAGGCCACACAGGCGCCGUGACAUGCAUGUGGAUGAACGAACAGUGCAGCAGUGUCAUCACGGGAGGUGAAGACAGACAGAUAAUCUUCUGGAAGUUGCAGUAUUAAGUGCCUUUUCCUCGAGUAUUAUUGAGCUCUAAUGUUUAAGCCAAACUUAAAUGACUAUUUAAAAGUGAAUGUGCAAUGAUAGUCAUCAGACGUUUUACACAUGAGAAACUUGUGGCUUAAACUUCACAAAUCAUGGUGACUUCACUGAAGGCCACUAGUUGUCAUCCUCUAAAGCAGAUGAAGACGUGACAGCAGUGGCGAGAAAACAGGUGGUCAGCCCAGGAUUCCAACAGAAGACAGGUUUGGGUGGCAGAGCCAGUAGCUUAGAUCCUAAAGCCAGCUGGGGAAAUUUCCAGAAAGCACUGAACUUGAGGAUUUUCCAAGAAAAUGUGAGUAUUCUCUGCUACUGCUGAGUCAGUGUUACGUCUUCCUAAUCACAAGCACUGUUCAUCAGGUUUGGGGGUGUGUGUUUUCAUGGAGUGGUUACUUUCUAUAACCUCUUGUCCCCAGGUUCUAAGAACCUGGGGAAGGAUUAGCAGUUCUUAUAACAGUUCACUGUCUAUAGGAACAGUUUUUCAUGAUAGCUAUUAUAUGCUCAUCUUUUCUAUGGUAUUAAAAAUAUUUUUCUGUAAUAUUUUUCUGAAAUGAAAGCAGUUUUCAUUUUCUUAUUUAAAUGACUUACUACAAAGUACUAGGAACUCCCAUGUAGUGAUCCUUCUAGAAAACCGUAUGUCGUGUGCAUGUCAUUCUCAUACUUUGGGAACUGUCCUCAGACCCACAUCCAGACAGCAAGAUAAGAGACUCAGAAACACGGCUUGGCUGGCUUGUCUAAAUUUCAGACCAGGUAAGCUGUGAGGCAAUAGCACCGACUUUCUUUUAUAUUCAACCUCUGAACCACAGAAAUUACGUGACUUAAAUUUCCCACCCUCUUUAAACACUGUACGUCAUCUUGAAUGUUAAACAUGCCUUGGCCUGGGUGUCGCUGCUGGGAAUCAACAGGGCCCUGGAGGCCUCUGGUGUAUCUGGGCUCCCCAGCUGGCAGCCCUUCUCCCGACACUCAGACCCUCAGCACGGAAAGGCUUUUCUCAGGCGCCUGCCUCUCCCACAGGCCUGAUGUUUCCAAAUGAUUCAAAACCAGACUAAAAUUUAACUUUAUUUUUAAUUAAAAUAGGCAGAAACCAACAAAGAAAGGAUGAAGAAGUGCCAUUGUCAUUUUGUUUACAGAGAAGUCGGGAAAUAGAACAGCUGAUCAGGAAAACAUUCCAAGCCCGUCCCAAAGCAGCUAGGAUACAGGUUUAUACAUAAAUGCCAACAUUGGCUAUUAUCCCACUUGUCUACAGAUGAAAAAGGGAGUUGAGGUUUGUCCUACUUAGUACAAGAAUUUUUACAUUUAAUAGAUAUAUAGUGACUCAUUUCUCAGAAAGUGAUAACUAGUAAGUGUCAGAAGAAAGAAGUUGCCAUUACACAAUGACUAGAAAAUCUCAGAUGCAACUAGGCAGCUAUGCUGAGUAAGCUCAGCUACAUUAUGUAGCUGAUGUAGCUAUAUGUACAUUACACUGUUCUGGGCUAGUGUGCAUUUCAGCUGAAGAACUGCAUUUGGGGUUUUAGAAAGGCAGCAAGAGUAAGUUUGGCUUUCAUUCUAGAUGCUUAAUGUAGUUAAGGCGACAGUUCAAGCAGAGUAAGUAAAGGUAGUUGAAAGGUAACGAUAUUCACUACACCUGCUGCAGCUUACAGCCACUGUGAUGCCUCCAUGGAAUGAAACCCACAUUAGGUUACUUAACUGGUGUGUUUACACACACACACACACACACACACACACAGGGAAAAGAAAGUAAUCCUUCUAAAUGUGCUAGAGAACACAGUACAAAUGGAAAAUACACC